AUUAUUGCAAGUACGAUGCACUAAACUUACGUUGCUUGAAAAAUAUACUCAAAGCUCUCUGUGUACAUGGCAACCUCCAAUCCAAGUGUUUGUUUGAAGCUCCUCAUCGACACAAAGGGUAAACGAGUUCUCUUUGCUGAAGCUGGCAAAGACUUUGUGGACUUUCUCCUUACAAUACUGUCUUUGCCUCUUGGCACUGUCAUCCGGCUCCUCUCCAAGGAUGGCAUGGUUGGCUCGUUAGGCAAGCUUUAUGGCAGUGUCGAAAGCCUAAGCAGCACAUACAUGCAACCACACUUUAACAAGGAAUCCCUUCUGAAACCUAAGGGAACUGCAACAAUUGAUGUUGGUGCUGAUGUCCUUCAUAUGCUGACGACAGAUGACUCCUCUGCUGAAAAGUCAAUCUAUGGUUGUCGUAAUUGUUGUUGUAACUACAGCAGCCGGCCAAUCGUUGUAACCGACGACCCUAAAGCCACUUGUCCGGAUUGCCGUUCAAGCAUAACUUACCCGGCGACUUUUGUCCAUCGAUCCCCUGCUGAAAGAACAACGUCCGGCGAGGGAGGGUAUGUGAAAGGUGUUGUGACGUAUAUGAUUAUGGAUGACCUGGAGGUGAAGCCUAUGUCUACCAUUUCAAGCGUAACCAUGCUCAACACGUUCAAUGUCAAGGAUGUCGGUGCCCUUGAAGAGAAGGAGGUCCAUCUUUCCAUGGAAGAGGUCUGAAAAGGUGUCAAAUUGCUGAGGGUAUCAUUGCAGUCAAACUUGGUUCUGACCACCGUGUUCCUUGAUAAGAAUGAAGCGUGAACACCUCAACUUUAUUUGCACUUCAACUGCAAGUAUUAUGGAAUGAACAGUCUGAAUUUUCUAC